UUGACUAAAAAGUUCACAUUCGGGUCGGAGCCUGACCGACUUGAAAUAUUCCGUCAAAGGCCCAAAAUACUUAAAAGGAAUUGUCAUUCUUUUGUUGAGUUCUCCCAAAAUCCAGAGAGUGUGAUAGUGACGAAAAUGGCGUUUCAAAGUCUGAGGUUUUCUUUCUCAAACUACACUUUUCUUCGAAGUGCUCAUAGUUCUUCUAUUUUUCUCUUUCCUUGCCGCAGCGCUUCAUCUUCUUCAGCAGUGAGUUGGUUCAGAGGUAAACAGCACUUCUCCUUCAGGAGUUUUUCUGCAAAGUCGGCCAAGGUUUCUAUAUCAAGGAAAAAAAGGAGACUUGAUGAAGUAUGCCUGGAGAGAUUUCAGCAAUAUAGCCGAAAUUUCAUUCAGUCGUGGAUAAUUCAAGGGAAAGUGCUUGUGAAUGGUAAAGUGGUGACUAAAGCUGGAACACCCGUCUCUGAUGAAGCUCUUGUAGAGAUUAAGGCGGAAAUUCCUAAAUAUGUAUGUAGAGCAGGAUACAAAUUGGAGGCUGCUAUUGAACAGCUAGAAAUCGAUGUUUCUGGGAAAGUUGCCCUUGAUUCAGGAUUAUCAACUGGAGGUUUCACCGAUUGCCUGCUCCAGAAUGGUGCUUCUUUCGUAUAUGGUGUUGAUGUAGGCUACGGGCAGGUGGCUCAUAAAAUCUAUCAAGACGAGCGAGUUUCUGUUAUGGAGCGGACAAAUUUAAGAUAUCUUCCCGGACUUCCACAAAAAGUUGAUCUGGUAACGUUAGAUCUGUCGUUUAUCUCCAUUCUGCUGGUGAUGCCUGCUGUGGUUAAGGUGAUGAAAGAGCAAUCAACAAUUAUUACGCUAGUGAAACCUCAAUUUGAAGCUAAGAGAUCGCAGGUAGGAAAAGGUGGCAUCGUUAAAGAUCCCGAGGUCCACAAAGAGGUACUAGAAAAGAUUAUCAACGGGGUCCAAAGUUAUGGUUUCAUAAGCAAAGGAUGGAUCGAGUCCCCUAUAAAGGGUGCCGAAGGUAAUACAGAAUUCUUGGUUUGCUUUGAACGAACAGCCGAGGGAGCCAUCUAGUAGUCUAAUGAAUCGCUACGCAUUUCAAUUUCCGAGCUUCUCCACAGCUUUUCAGGAAGAAUUUGGAUUUCGAGCUAUUUAUAAACGAACAAGUUCUUUUCAGAAAGGGCUACAAACCUCCAAUGCCGUAGCUGUUCAAGUGGAUUGAAGUCGACGAUUUUGUUAUACAGAAUAAAUUUAGGCAAUACCGGCUAGUAUUCUGUUACUAUCUUGAUGAUUUUGCAUUAUCAAGGGAUCAAGUGUGUAUUGUGAAAGUUAGUUCGUGAAGCUCGUAUUUUGUGAUUAAGCUCUUAUUAAUUUUCGAGAUCUGUAUGUAUAUUAUUAUUGGAAUCUGGAUCAUGUUCUAUUUUUUUUCGGUUACUUUUCUUUGUCAAGACUUGAUUGGAAUAUAUUUCGAACUUGUGUUUUACAAGCAAGCAACAACAAUGAUCAAUGAUCAACGUUUGACA